UAACAACAAUGCGUGCCUACGUUCUGUUAUCGAUUAUACUCAUCAUAGCAUCCAUGCAAUGGAUGAUCAAAGCAUUAUCUGUCGAUCAAGGUGAAUACGCCUCUGCUCUACUGAAUGUCGACGCAGGCGGCGAGCAUGGGAAUGAAUCGCCGCGACUCGUACGUCAAUGGUUCGGACAUGGUCGUCCGUAUGACGGCUAUCGUAGAGGUUAUGAUGGUUAUGGAUUGAGAGGUGAUUACGGCUUCCGUAGACCACGUUUUGGACCCGUCAAUUACUAUGGCUGAAAUCCUAGAAUAUUUAUGAGCAGAAACAA